ACACACACAAAAGAAUUAUGGCGGCAGCCGUUGCCGUUCUUCGCGCCGCCCUCCGCCGGGGCCGUCCGGCAGCUGCGUCGCUACUGCACCGCCUUCCCAACCCCUCUGCUCGGAGCCUCCCGCCACCGCCUCCUCUCGGUCGAGCGCUUCGUCCCCUCUCGCGGCUUGGUUUCUCCGCCGGAUUCGGGCACUCCUCCUCCACCGAGGAUUUUGGCUUCGGCUACUCCCCCGCCACCGAGGAUUCAGCGGCCGCCGCGAAGCCCAAGACCAAGACCAAGGCCAGGAAGCACCCCAUGAAGCAGUCGCGCUUCGACUUCACCAAGGUGGACGCCGCGCUUCUCCCCACCGUCAUCCUCGUCGGCCGCCCCAACGUCGGCAAGUCAGCCCUCUUCAACAGAUUUAUACGGAGGAGGGAGGCGUUGGUGUACAAUACUCCUGGGGACCAUGUCACUCGUGACAUCCGUGAAGGAGUUGCCAAGCUUGGGGAUCUCCGUUUCCGUGUGCUUGACUCAGCUGGACUUGAGACUGCAGCAACAUCUGGGAGCAUUCUCGCUCGGACAGCAGACAUGACAGGGAAUGUAUUGGCUAGGUCUCAAUUUGCCAUUUUCUUGAUUGAUGUGAGGGAUGGUCUUCAGCCGCUGGAUCUUGAGGUUGGGCAAUGGCUGCGCAAGCAUGCAUCUGGUAUACAUACGCUUGUUGCAAUGAACAAGUCCGAGUCACUUGAUGAGCAUGGAUUUCUGACUGCUGCUGCUGGAGAAGCACACAAGUUGGGGUUUGGUGACCCUGUUGCAAUAUCCGCAGAGACAGGCCUGGGGAUGGCAGAACUCUAUGAGAUACUCAGGCCAUUGUUUGAAGAAUACAUGUUUCAGCUUCGAAAUAAUGACCUCAACCAAGAUGAUCCUAUCUCGGAGGUUGAAACUGAGGCCCAUGAUGGUGAUGAGAGCAAGUUACCUUUGCAGUUGGCAAUUGUGGGACGUCCUAAUGUUGGGAAGUCCACCCUUUUAAAUACCUUGUUGCAAGAACAGAGAGUUCUUGUUGGUCCAGAGGCAGGCCUAACAAGGGACUCGAUUCGGGCUCAGUUUCAAUUUGAUAGUCGAACCGUGUAUUUAGUGGAUACUGCUGGUUGGAUGGAAAGAUCAGGGAAGGAGAAAGGGCCAGCAUCUUUGAGUGUUGUGCAGUCUAGGAAGAACUUAAUGAGAGCUCACAUUGUUGCUCUUGUGCUGGAUGCUGAAAAGAUUGCUAAGUCCAAAAGUAGCAUGAAUCAUCCAGAAAUCGUGAUAGCACGGCAAGCAAUAGAAGAGGGCCGUGGACUAGUUGUGAUUGUCAAUAAAAUGGAUCUCCUUAGAGAUAACCAAACACUGUUUAACAAGGUUAUGGACGCUGUUCCUAGAGAAAUCCAGACAGUCAUUCCUCAGGUGACAGGAAUACCAGCUGUUUUCGUGUCAGCGCUGGAGGGGAGGGGGCGGAUUGCUGUGAUGCGCCAGGUUAUAGAUACCUAUGAGAAGUGGUGUUUAAGAUUGUCAACAUCACGGCUCAACCGUUGGUUGCGUAAGGUUAUGAGCAGACAUUCCUGGAAAGAUUCAGCUACUCAGCCAAAAGUCAAGUACUUCACUCAAGUGAAGGCACGACCACCAACAUUUGUUGCCUUCAUGAGUGGGAAGACUCAGCUUUCUGAUACAGAUACUAGGUUCUUGACAAAGUCCCUCAAGGAAGAUUUCGACAUCGGGGGAAUACCGAUACGGAUCAUACAACGUUCUGUUCCAAGAAAAGCUUAUGCUAAGCGCAACAACACAAGGAACACUGGCCCUAGGGUUGUCAGGAUGAAAACAGACAAACGGACAGCGGUAUCUGACCCAGCCCUGUCAUAGAGGGUGAGCACCAGUAUCAGCCGCCUAACCUGAAGAAGGGAGGUCAUGUUUCGCGUUUGAGCUAUAUAUAUAUGCUUCUCAUGGGGAAACGGGAAGUGAAUGUUUUUCUGACUCGGGAAGUUAUACAAAGCUAUGAGCUAGCCGGUCCGGCUGCCUGCACCGCAUGCUCAAGAAGAAGAAUGACUGUAAGAAACAAGCCCAGCAAUUCGAAGGACAGCAUCACUUCUCAACAUUGGGUGCAAGGUGGUAUUGAUGAGCGUCAAGCACUCAAGUUCACCCCAGAACUCCAGAUCAGAUGAAGAGGUGUUUUUUUUUUCUUGCAUCCCUCAUGUUUAUACAUUUUUUUUACGAAAAAUAUAUUAGAAUGAUCUCUGGUGGUAGUGUUGGAGUUGGAGGCUUACUGAUCAUCGUGCACCCGUCAGGUCAGAGAGCAACUGCAAGCCUACACGACACAGGAGCCCCUUUAUUUUUCUUUCCUCUUAAGGCAAGGCAACUCCUGUUUGUAGGGGAAUCGUUAUGGUUCUGCUUCUGAUUGCUCCUA